AUGCAUGUGUUCAAGAAUUUUUCGGUGAUUGCAUGUUGCUGGUUAUAUAGACCACUAGGGCUCCGAGCUCAUAAUCUCGAUGCUAAUAAUAUGAAGGACUGGAUUUUGGGUGUAAUUGAGAAGCUAAGCAAACAACAUGUGGAUGUUUUUUUCAUGCAAUUGUGGGCUAUUUGGACUGAGAGAAACAAGCUGGUCUUGAAUGGUGGUGAGUUCAAUCCCAUGCAUGCAGUUAUGUGGCCACUUGAAUUGCUUCAUGAUUACCAAAGUUGUCAUCCUCUGAAGGCACAUAGUAAGAGAUGUAAGGGCAAUGUGGCUAAAUGGGAGUUCCCUCCUAGAGGCAGACUUAAAGUUAAUGUGGAUGGUGCUUUUAUGAGUGAUACUAGAAGCGGUGGAGUGGGUGUAAUUGUGUGGGAUGAUUCUGGGAACUUUAAGGCGGCUUGGUCUAGAUUUUGGCCGCAUUUGUGUUCAGCCUUCCAUAGUGAAGUAGAAGCUUGUAGGGCGGGGCUCUUGUUGGCCAUUCAUCAAGGAUGGAAACAGAUUGAGCUGGAAAGCGACUUGUCUCUGUUGGUGGCAGCCCUUAACAAUCCAGUUGACGAUAAUUCUGAGGUAAGUCGGAUCCUUGAUGAUUGUCGAGAUUAUAUGCAAGAGUUUGAUGUUAUUAGGAUUCGACAUGUGAAUCGUGAAGCAAAAAGUGCAGCGGAUAGAAUUGCUCACUUUGCUUGGUUAGAUCAUACUAUUGAUCUUAAUUUGGAUGAGGCUCCGGGCUUUUUGCAGGAUGUCCUUUACGACGAUAACUGUAAUGCUAUUAAGCAUGCUCGAGGUCAAGGUAUUACGUCCCCCUCGAUGCGGCAAAUAAUUAAUAUUAAUAAUAUAGGCGUGGGGAUGAGCCUCCCAGCUUGA